GUAGACAUACAGUGGUAAGAGAAGCAUCAGUGUGUCUACAGUGUAUAAAACAUUUUAACUAGGAUCAGAUUUAGAAAUGUCUCAAAGUAACGGUAGUUUUUGUACAAAUGGAAAUACGAAUAAGAAAGUUGCUUUAGUAACUGGUAUUACUGGACAGGAUGGGUCAUAUCUGGCUGAAUUCCUCAUUGAGAAAGGUUAUCAGGUACAUGGUAUCAUUAGAAGAGCUAGUACAUUUAAUACACAUCGAAUAGAGCAUCUGUAUGCAGAUCCUAAAUCACAUACAGAAGGAGCUUCAGACGACAAGAGGGGAGCAAUGCAUCUCCACUAUGGUGACAUGACAGACAGUACAAGAUUAGUUAAAAUUAUUAGUGACAUAAAACCAACGGAAAUAUAUAAUUUAGCUGCUCAAAGUCAUGUUAAGGUUUCAUUUGAACUUGCUGAAUACACUGCUGAUGUAGAUGCUCUUGGUGUAUUGCGUCUGCUUGACGCUAUACGAACAUGCGGCCUUACAAAACAGGUUAAGUUUUACCAGGCUUCCACAUCCGAAUUAUACGGAAAAGUACAAGAAAUACCUCAACGAGAAACCACACCUUUCUACCCCAGGUCUCCGUAUGGUGCUGCGAAACUAUAUGCGUAUUGGAUCGUAAUUAAUUAUAGAGAGGCUUAUGGUAUGUUUGCCUGUAAUGGUAUCCUAUUUAACCAUGAAAGUCCACGAAGAGGUGAAACUUUUGUAACAAGAAAAAUCACACGAGCCGUUGCUAAAAUCAAGUUGGGACAACAAUCGGUUUUAGAAUUAGGUAAUAUAGAUUCUAAACGUGAUUGGGGUCAUGCCAAGGAUUAUGUCGAGGCUAUGUGGAGGAUGUUACAAUUAGAUGAACCAGAAGAUUUUGUUAUAUCAACAAAUGAAGCUCAUAGUGUGAGAGAAUUCGUAGAAGCAUCUUUCAAAAUUACUGGUGUUGACAUAGUAUGGGAAGGUAAAAAUGAGAACGAGAUAGGUAAAGACAAAGCUACUGGUGAAGUGCGAGUUAAAGUUAAUCCUAAAUUUUAUCGACCUACUGAAGUGGAAUUUUUACUUGGUGAUUGCUCAAAAGCUCAGGAAAAACUAGGAUGGAAGAAGAAAUAUAAUUUUAAUGAAUUAGUGAAAGAAAUGGUAGACGAAGAUCUGAAACUUAUGCAAAUCAAUCCGACAGCAUAAUGAUGGCGAUCUUAGUUAAUACAGAUUAACUGACAUCUUUCCACACAAGCCAAUCUGACAAUGUGAUACUUUAUCAUUUGAAAAGUUUAUUUGAAUCAAGGUGUAUAUGUCAUUAUUUUACACUUGGGUUGAUAUAUUAUUAAUUUGAAUCAAGGUGUAUAUGAAUUUACAGCCUUUAGUGGAUAUAUAUAUUAUUUUUUUAGGUUUUUUUAUGCUAUGUUUAUGUGUUGACAAUGAUAUUUUAUUAACAAGCUUUAACUUUAUGUGAUGCUGCUUUACGUUUUGUUCAUUGGGCGAUCAGAUACAAGAACAACCACUUAGUUUUGUUUAUGUGCAAUCAGAUGUUAAAAUUACUACAUCCUUGUAAUAUAUAAUCCUUGGUUUUUGUAAUACCACGAUUAACUGUUAUAAUCACUACACCGUGUAAUACUGUAUAAUCAGUGGUUAUUAGCAAGUGGUAACUAUUGCAAAUUGGUGCAUUAUAUUUCAUAUUAUACUGUAGGCUUUCAAAUCAUCAGUAAUAUCAAACCAUUCAUUUUUGUAGUCCACCUUGUAAGAGUAUAUUGUUGUCAUACACGUCUAACCCACACUCCUUGUCAACACUGUACAUGUCAAGAAUUUUUGCUGGGAUGCUCAGAGGAGUAGAAGCUUUAUUAGAAACCAGAGUUUUCACAGUAUUACUAACCCUGUCAUCGAAACCUAUGAGUUUUUGAGAUUUUCUUUUCAAACUCACUAGGAUUGUUGUAUGCUUCCAGAAGAUCUUAAUCAAAAUUUAAAGUCAGGAAACAAUUUUUACAGAGUCACUGUCAAUGAUCAACUGGUCAGAGAUUUUUGAGAUUUUCUUUUUCCAAACUAAAUUGUCCUGAUUAAAAUCAUUAUGAUUUUUUAUGGUCAAUUUUCUGGAAUUGUUAGGCAAAUUAUAUAGAGGAAUCUUUUUGUAAUUCAGAGUUGCCAUUGAAUUUUUUAUAUCUAGUUAAUGGCCAUGACCUGAGUGUGGGCAUAUGUUCAUUCCCUGGUAUGACUAUAUCAUUAAAAGAUCUGACUGGUGACCUUACUUAUUAAAUCAACUUGCUUAAAUUAUUUGUUUUUUUAUGUCAAAUUACUUAAUUGAAUUAAACAUCAAGUUAAUUCCAAAAAAAUGUUGUAAUCUUUGCCAUAAUUUGCAAUUAAAGCUAUCCGCUUGAAGUUUGGUAGCAGCAUACAAUGUUUACUAAUUUGAUAACCAUGCAACAUCUAGGUUACUAAGAAAACUUAACACUCAUUCAAACAAUUUUUAUACGCCCACAUUUUCUCUUGCAAAAUUUGGCCGAAUCUUGCAUGGCAACUGCUUGUUGGAUCUCUGUUGAAACUGGAAAUCUCAUAGUUGCAUUCAUUAGAAUGUUGAUUUGGAUUUUAAUUUAUUAACUUAUAAUUAUUAUUAUGUUCAAAUAAGGUAUAUAAUAAUUAUUUUGAGUUUUUCAUCAUUAUUUACAAGCCAGUUUUUGUUAAUUGACCAUCAGAACAAAAUUCAGAGUAAAUUAAUGAAGACACCCUUAAAAAUAUUGGUUCCAGCAGUUCUGCUAUAUAGAGAAAUUAUGUUUGAUUUCAUUUUUCAUAUAUCAGAUUUACCAUCUUUUGUUUUUGUUGACCCGCACUCCGUUUAUUUAUUAAUUAAAUAUUUGUUUUUAUCUGUUGAUUUAUUGUGGGACCUUUACUUAAAAAGUAUUUUUGUUAUGUAUGUAUCUGUCAUGUUUGGUAAUUACAUUAGUAAUGAUAUUAAUAUAUGUGGGAAAAAUUAUAUAAAUACAUGUGGGAAAAAUUAUAUAAAUAUUAUUAAUAAAAUUUAAUGAGAAAUAAAGUUGGUUUUAAAAAACA